UGAGGGCGCAGGCGCGGCUCCGCCCCGCCGCUCUCGCGAGAGGCCGGGAUUUAUUGCUACGUGCGGUGCCGUGCUGCUCAUGGCGGCGCUGGAGCGGGGGCGCUGAGCUGUUGGGUAUGAAGUGGAACAGAACAGAAUUUACCACCUGAAACUGCUGCUUCAAGUUCAGAUCAGGAAAAGAAUAUACCACAUUGUAACAACAACUCAAGACCAAAGAAGAGGAAACUUACACUGAAGACACAAGGCUUGAUCUGAAACAAGAAGUUUGUGCCUACUCAACAGCUUCAAAAGAGCACGUCCCAACGCUGCUAGUAGUCUUUGUUUUCUCCAGUGCUGUAUUGAAACUGCCCAGGGCAGCAGCACUUGUAUUCUCUAUUAGCUUGAUAGAUCAAGUUCUCUUGCUACCUUUUUUCUUUCUCUUUCUCUCUUUUUUUUUUUUUCCUUAUUUUUUUAAAUAAUAGCAGUCUUCAUCCUUAGAAACUUGUGCUGAAACAGAAGAAUCGGCUAAUACUACUGAAAGUGCAAUAUUUGAAUAUCACUGCGAGAUGAGCUUUGAUCCAAACCUGCUCCACAACAAUGGACACAACGGGUACCCCAAUGGUACUUCGGCAGCGCUGCGUGAGACUGGGGUUAUAGAGAAACUGCUGACCUCUUAUGGCUUCAUUCAGUGUUCAGAACGGCAAGCUAGACUGUUCUUCCACUGUUCCCAGUAUAAUGGCAACUUACAGGAGCUCAAAGUAGGAGAUGAUGUUGAGUUUGAAGUAUCUUCUGACCGCCGAACUGGAAAACCCAUUGCUAUUAAAUUGGUGAAGAUAAAACCAGAAAUAUUACCUGAAGAACGAAUAAAUGGACAAGUUGUGUGUGCUGUUCCUCACAAUUUAGAGAGUAAAUCUCCAGCUGCCCCGGGUCAGAGUCCAACAGGGAGUGUAUGCUACGAACGUAAUGGGGAAGUAUUUUACCUGACUUACACCCCGGAGGACGUUGAAGGAAAUGUACAGCUGGAAACAGGAGAUAAAAUCAACUUUAUAAUUGACACAAAUAAACAUACUGGUGCUGUAAGUGCUCGUAACAUUAUGCUACUAAAAAAGAAACAAGCCCGCUGUCAAGGAGUAGUCUGUGCCAUGAAAGAAGCCUUUGGAUUUAUUGAGAGGGGUGAUGUCGUGAAGGAGAUAUUCUUUCACUAUAGUGAAUUUAAAGGUGACCUAGAAGCCUUACAGCCUGGUGAUGAUGUGGAGUUUACAAUCAAAGACAGAAAUGGUAAAGAAGUUGCAACAGAUGUUAGACUCCUGCCUCAAGGAACUGUCAUUUUUGAAGAUAUCAGCAUUGAACAUUUUGAAGGAACUGUAACCAAAGUAAUUCCAAAAGUACCCAGCAAAAACCAGAGUGAUCCAUUACCUGGCCGCAUCAAAGUUGACUUUGUGAUUCCUAAAGAACUUCCAUUUGGAGACAAAGAUACAAAAUCCAAGGUGACCUUGCUGGAAAGUGACCACGUUCGAUUCAAUAUUUCAACAGACAGACGUGACAAACUGGAACGAGCCACGAAUAUUGAGGUUCUUCCCAAUACUUUCCAGUUUACUAAUGAAACUAGGGAAAUGGGUGUGAUUGCAGCAAUGAGAGAUGGCUUUGGCUUCAUUAAGUGUGUGGACCGGGAUGCUCGCAUGUUCUUUCACUUCAGUGAAAUUAUGGAUGGGAAUCAACUCCAUAUUUCUGACGAAGUAGAAUUUACUGUCGUUCCUGAUAUGUUGUCUGCCCAAAGAAAUCAUGCUAUAAGGAUUAAGAAGCUUCCAAAGGGCACGGUUUCUUUCCACACCCAAUCAGACCAUCGUUUCGUGGGCACUAUAGACAAAGAAGCCACUCCAGCCAAAGCCACUAGCCCAAAUAAAGGCAAAGAGAAGGAGGCUGAGGAUGGAAUAAUUGUUUAUGAUGACUGUGGAGUAAAACUGACCAUUCCUUACCAGGCCAAGGAUGUGGAAGGAUCUGCUAAUCCCCAGAUAGGAGAUAAGGUUGAGUUCUGUGUGUGUGAAGUGAAGAGAACUGGUCUGCAGACAGCUGUUUCUGUCAGAAUGCUAGGACGCAAUUACAGCUCUAAGAGGCUUUUGGGAUACGUGGCAGCCCUGAAAGAUAACUUUGGAUUUAUUGAAACAGCGAAUCAUGAUAAGGAGAUCUUUUUCCACUACAGUGAAUACUGUGGUGAUAUUGAUAGCCUGGAACUUGGAGACACUGUUGAAUACAGCUUGUCAAAAGGCAAAGGAAACAAAGUUAGUGCAGAAAAGGUGAACAAAACACAUGCAGUGAAUGGUAUCACCGAAGAAGCUGAUCCAACUGUUUACUCUGGUAAAGUAAUUCGUCCUUUGAGGAGUGUAGAUCCCACACAGACUGAAUACCAGGGCAUGAUCGAAGUCAUGGAGGAUGGUGAGAUGAAAGGAGAGGUUUAUCCAUUUGGAAUUGUUGGAAUGGCAAACAAAGGUGACUGUCUGCAAAAGGGAGAGACUGUGAAGUUUCAGCUCUGUGUUCUUGGUCAGAAUGGGCAGACAAUGGCUGUUAACAUCACACCAUUCCGCAGAGCCACAGUGGAAUGUGUGAAAGAUCAGUUUGGUUUCAUUAACUAUGAAGUGGGUGACAGCAAAAAGCUCUUCUUCCAUGUCAAAGAAGUUCAGGAUGGUGUGGAGCUGCAGGCUGGGGACGAAGUGGAGUUCUCUGUAAUCCUGAACCAGCGCACAGGAAAAUGCAGUGCCUGUAACGUGUGGCGUGUCUGUGAAGGCGCGAAGGCUGUCGCUGCUCCACGUCCUGACAGACUCGUUAAUCGUUUAAAGAGCAUUAAUCUGGAUGAUGCCAAUGCUCCUCGGCUCACAGUUCUUCGUCAGCCUCGGGGACCGGAUAACUCAAAGGGAUUUGGUGCAGAGAGAAAGAUCCGCCAAGCUGGUGUUAUAGACUGAUCCCCAAACCCCAUCCCUGAUGUACGGCUGAGUGGUGGGGGCUGGUGAAGGGUACUGAAUAUCUCCCUGUUCAUCCCUUCCUCCAAAUUCUAAGAAGCUAUUACACCGGUUUUAACACCUUCUCAUGUUAUGUUUAAAAUAAAUUUAUGAAACCAUUUUAAAAUUAUGCACAGUUGCAUUCUGGAGAACUUUAAGGUGGCGCCUUUAUAGUAUCACAUUUUAGAAGCUUGUUUUGAAUGGUGCAUUUAAACGCAACUGGUUACUGCAACUCUACAUUGCCUCUGUGAGUAAACAUUAUAGACAGCUCGACUCGGGUAGACCUUAUGGAAUUCUGCACUACAGUUCUCUCUGCUUUAUCAUCUUGGCUGAGGUGUUCCUAUGCCUUAGUGCGCGACUGCGUUGUGUCCGCUUCCGAGUGGAAGCGGGAGGCUCCCUUCAGCUCACUGCUCCCCUCCCGAGGACCAUGUGAGGGCAGAAUCAGUUCAACUUGAUACAAACCUGUCUGAACAUUCAGAUAUCUUACGUUGAUGGCCAAAUGUUCCCAUGUUUUCCUGUUUCAUUUAACUCGAGUCCUUUUGCCAGUGGUGUUUAGAGCCCCAUGAGAGUCUCUUUCGUGGGUUCACUUUCUGUUUGUAGCGUUCUGAACCACGUGCAGUGCAGAAUUUCCUAAGGCUGAGGUGUGCCAUCAGUGUGGUAAUUUAAAUAUAUUUAAAACAAUGCACAAAUCUGCUGCUUCCAACACUGCAGCUUCGACUCCCCCUUUCUUUGAUUUAAACUGAAACAAAGGAAGAAGUUGUGCCUGAAGUGAAUACCUUUUUUUUUUUUUUUUCUCUAUUUUUUCGCAGCCGGCACCAUGUACUGUAACAGAAUAAAUACUCCUUUAGGCUUCCCAUAAUAGCUGUACCGAGCCUUUCAUCGAGGUGGGAUAGUUGAUGUCUGUGUGCUUUAUUUUGGUUCUCCCCCUCCAUUCCCCCCAUUACACUUUAUCAAGCGAGAAACCGGAUUGAUUGGUCUGAGUCUUAUUUACCCAACAGGAUCAGGAGUUCUUGCUCGGGAUCGAGGCGAGUUCCGGGCUUUGGGUUUGGUUUUGUUCAGGUUUUGUUCAUUUUUGGGGUUGUUUUUGUUUUCUCACGUUACCUCUGUUCUCGCUGUAGGGGUUUCUCGGGGAGAUGCGUUAUCUUUGUAAAACAGACGUUGCUUUCUCCAGGUUUUUCUGUUAAUGGCAAAGAAUGGAAAUAGAAUAAAGUUUUACUGAUUUUGAGACAAAACGAA